CUCCCCUUUUGGUUGUCAAGAAGAUGGCAGCUUCCAGGCAGGCAUGAGAGGGAAUACUUAAUCACAAAUCGAAUGAACUUGGACUAGUGAUUCAAGAGUAGACCCUCAAAUCAUCUCAUUGGAAAUAGUGCGUCGAACGAAGUAAGUAAUUCGUAUUAUGGACGUCAGGUUUUGUGACUAGGGGUUUUGUUGUGGCAGACUGCUCGGCCAUUUUUCUUGAGGGAGCUUAAUGUAGGCCGAUUUCAGACACGGCAUGAUAAAUAACAACACUUUGUAUGAUAUUGAAUACAAUUCGGCUUAUUUGAAUAAGAUAUAUGUUCAAUUGCAUUACGCUGGCUAUAUAAUACAUGUAUAUUUAUCUAACUGAAUUGCAUGUAAUCGGUGCAUGACGCUGUACUAGUACCAUUUCCUCGCAAGCUAACAUUGUUAGCCAGCUGGCUACGUUAACCUAGCUAGUUAGCCAUUACUCUAUAGUGGACGCGCGGUUUUGUAAUUGAUGUGUUGCGAAAAUUCCACAUUUCAAGUGAUGGUGUGCAUCCGAUUUGUAUUCGAUUCCUAUAUAAAGGUGUAUAUAAUGUUAAUGUGAAGCAGAAGCGGCAACAGAUUGAAUGAAUGUGUGACAAUAUGGCGACUCCCAGAGAAGCAUGAAAAUAGUAAUCCACAGUAAACGGGUCUAAUUACAAAUGCUUUACGAGUAUUUAAUUGUGGUACACUUCAUCCACAUAUUUACCAAUAUGACUGUAGUGGGACAUGGCUGGUGUACGUUCUUGAUGAAGCAGUAGCUAAAUUAAGAUUUCAUCUAACACCGAGGACAUGACAUUUCCUGGUUCAAUGGUGUCUGGGACCACUGGCUCAACUCUGCAGCCACGAUGGAAGCGGGUUCUAGGAUGGUCUGGGCCUGUGCCUCGGCCAAGACACGGUCACAGAGCCGUUGCUAUAAAGGAAUUGAUGGUGGUUUUUGGAGGAGGAAAUGAAGGAAUUGUGGAUGAAUUGCAUGUCUACAACACAGCGACAAACCAAUGGUUUAUCCCUGCGGUUCGUGGUGAUAUUCCCCCUGGAUGUGCUGCAUACGGUUUUGUUUGUGAUGGCACCCGGCUUCUGGUGUUUGGUGGAAUGGUGGAAUAUGGAAAAUACAGCAACGAUCUCUAUGAGCUACAGGCCAGCAGAUGGGAAUGGAAAAAGUUAAAAGCUAAGUCUCCCAAAAAUGGCCCACCUCCCUGUGCUCGACUUGGCCACAGUUUCUCUCUGCUGGGCAACAAGUGCUUCCUGUUUGGAGGGCUGGCUAAUGACAGCGAGGACCCCAAAAACAACAUCCCUAGAUACCUGAAUGAUCUGUACACCCUGGAGCUUCGUGCUGGCUCCAGUGUUGUAGGCUGGGAUAUACCAAUUACUUAUGGCGUUUUGCCACCUCCUCGCGAGAGCCACACUGCUGUAGUGUACACAGAAAAGGAGAGCAAGAAAUCUCACCUGAUCAUCUAUGGAGGGAUGAGUGGCUGUCGUCUGGGAGAUCUAUGGACUCUUGACAUUGACACCCUGACCUGGACCAAGCCAUCGGUGAAUGGCACAGCACCUCUGCCCAGGAGUCUCCACUCUGCCAUCACCAUCACAAACAAUAACCUAUUUGGUUACUGCUUGCUUCUGAUUUCUUUGUCUGCCUCUCAUUGUAGGAUGUUUGUUUUUGGGGGAUGGGUUCCCCUGGUUAUGGAUGACGUGAAGGUGGCAACACAUGAGAAAGAAUGGAAGUGCACAAACACUCUGGCCUGCCUAAAUCUUGACUCCAUGGCCUGGGAAUCAGUGUUGAUGGAUACCUUGGAGGACAAUAUCCCAAGGGCCCGGGCAGGACAUUGUUCUGUGUCCAUCAACUCUAGGUUGUAUGUCUGGAGUGGCCGUGACGGUUACCGUAAAGCAUGGAACAACCAAGUCUGCUGUAAAGACCUCUGGUACCUUGAGACAGAGAGGCCACACGCUCCCUCGAGAGUGCAGCUUGUCCGUGCCAACACCAACUCCCUGGAGGUGAGCUGGGGCGCUGUGUCCACCGCAGACACCUACCUGCUGCAGCUGCAGAAGUACGAUAUCCCAGCUGCCGCUGCUGCCACCUCCCCGGCCCUCACCGCCACCUCUUCUCUACCAGGGAACUUGCCCAAAAGCCCAGCUGCUCCCUCUGCUCAGAACCUACCACACACAGCAAUCUUGAAGGUUGCAGCCCCUCAGUCUGGCACGGGUACCUCCCUUGUCACUGUGCGAGCCAACCAGGCUGUGAAAUCCCCUGUCACUGUAACAUCACUUCCUCCAGGGGUUCAGAUGAUGGUUCCUGCCCAGAUUGCCCAAGGAACGCCAAUCGGCAAUAGCCCUCAGAUGAGUGGCAUGGCAGCUUUGGCUGCAGCUGCAGCAGCCACACAAAAGAUCCCGCCCUCUUCAGGCACUGUGCUCAACAUUCCAGCAGGUGCCACCCUUGUCAAAACCAUGGCUGUCUCCCCUGGCUCCACCACAGUCAAGAUGUCAUCUCCUCUCAUGGUCAGUAACCCAGCCACUCGCAUGCUGAAGACUGCUGCAGCUCAGGUGGGCACAGCGACUGUAUCGUCACCCAACUCGCCCAACCGACCCAUCAUCACUGUGCACAAGUCAGGCACGGUCACCGUAGCCCAGCAACACCAGGUGGUUACCACCAUGGUGGGAGGAGUAACCAAGACAAUCACCCUGGUCAAGAGCCCCCUUACUAUGGGAGGCAGCGGCACUCUGAUUUCCAGCCUUGGCAAGAUGAUAUCUGUGGUACAAACCAAGCCAGUGCAGACAUCAGCUGUUACAGGCCAGGCUUCCACUAACCCUCUAUCACAGCUCAUACAGACUAAGGGUUCUCUCCCUGCCGGCACCAUACUGAAGCUGGUGACUUCAGCAGAUGGCAAGCCCACCACCAUCAUCACCACGUCGCAGGCAGGGGGCACAGGGAACAAAUCCACCAUCCUGAACAUCAGCGGCAUGUCGCCCACCACAACCAAACAGGGCACCACCAUCAUCAAGACCAUCCCUAUGUCUGCUAUUAUGAACCAGCCUGGAGCCACAGUGACCAGCAGCACAGGGAAGAUGCCCUACACCAUUCUCACCACCAAGAUGAUGACCACUGGCACUCCAGGCAAAAUCAUCACUACCAUGCCUAAGCUUGGCACUGCAACUGGCCAACAGGGGCUGACACAGGUGGUUUUGAAGGGCGCUCCGGGCCAACCUGGCACCAUUCUGCGCACUGUACCCAUGGGUGGAGUCCGACUCGUCACCCCGGUUACGAUGACUUCUGUCAAGCCCAAUGUAACUACACUGGUCGUCAAGGGAACAACUGGUAUCACCACCCUGGGGACAGUCACAGGCACUGUCUGCUCCAGCCUGGCAGGGGGCAGUGUAGCCAGUGCCAAUGCCUCUCUGGCAACUCCCAUCACCACCCUGGGCACCAUCGCCACCCUGCCCAGCCAAGUCAUUAACCCCACGGCCAUCACUGUGUCAGCGGCCCAGGCCAGUCUGACCACAGUCACUACCCUGUCCACCUCCACCAUGUCGGGGAACCAGCCAACCCAGGUGACUCUAAUCACCACCCCCAGCGGGGUUGAAGCUCAGCCAGUGCAGGACCUGCCCGUGUCCUUCCUGGCCUCCCCCACCCCUGAGCAGCCCUCCACUGAGGCCGGGGAUGCCCCUGGUACUGUCACCAUGGUCUGCUCCAACCCUCCCUGUGAGACUCACGAGACUGGUACCACCAACACCGCAACGACCUCUUCCACCAACAUGGGAGGGGCAAUGAGGGUGUGUACAAGCCCUCCGUCAGAGACCCAUGAGACGGGCACCACUAACACCUCGACCACCGCCCACUCCAUCAUGGGAACUAACAAAAUGGAUACUGUCCAGAGUAGCUCAUCUCACCCCCCAUCUCUGUACUCCUCUACCCCUCAGACAACCACCUCUGCUUACCCCGGAACCGCCACAGGCAACCAGGGACCAGAGAACCUGUGUACCGGCACCACCUUCACCCCCGCCACAGCACACUCUAACAUGGGCUCAGCCCAGACCGGCACUGUGCAGAGUCCCAAUCAGCCAGCCGUGGGCCUUACAGUUUGCUCUAACCCACCCUGCGAGACACAUGAAACGGGCACAACCAACACUGCCACUCAGUCCUCGUCCGGCAUGGGUAACGGGCAGACUAGCACUGUGCAGAAAGUGUGCUCAAACCCACCCUGCGAGACCCACGAAACGGGGACCACCAACACCCCAUCCCAGGCCAGUUCCAACAUGGCUGGGAACCAGACAGGAACAGUGACGGUGCAGGGGGUGUGUUCAAACCCCCCCUGUGAAACCCACGAGACUGGCACCACCAACACGGCAACUACUGCCACAGCAGAUGGAGCAGACGGUGGCACCAGCUGUACAGAGAUUCCCUCCACUACUGCAUCAGGAACAACCCCAGCCACCAUCCAGAGCAGAGCUAUCACUACUGUGACCCAGUCCACACCAGCCCCAGGGCCCUCAGUACCUUCCAUUUCUUUGAUCACUGAGGGUGCAGCAGUUUCCACAGAAGAGCCCAUGCAGACUGAUGCGGCCACAGAGGGGGGAGACACCGCUAUGGAGACUGGGUUGCCCCCAGAGCUGAUGUCAGAGGGACAGAUAGGAACAGGUCUGUCUGCAGAGGAGCUGGCUGCGACUGCAGCAGCACAGGCUGCAGCCACUGAGGAGGCCCAGGCCCGGGCCAUCCAGGCAGUUCUCCAGGCAGCACAGCAGGCUGCCAUGAACGAGGGUAAUUCUGGCUCGGACGGACAGCAGACCACCACAAUCCCCAUCGUUCUGACCCAGCAAGAGCUGGCAGCCCUGGUCCAUCAGCAGCAGCAGCUCCAGGAGGCUCAGGCCCAGGCUCAGGCCCAGCAGCAAGGAAACGCCCAAGCCCUGCCCACUGAGGGCCUGGCCCCCGCAGACAGCCUGAAUGACCCCACGUCUGAGAGCAACGGACACAACGAGAUGGCUGCAGCCGUUUCCAGCGCUGUGGCGUCACUGCUGCCGCGCACCUCCACGGAGACUCUGGCCCCCUCAAGCACAUUUGCUGUUUCCAGUCCAGCCAACCUGCAACCUGCAGCUUCUCUAGCAGAGGUUGCCAAUGGCAUCGAGGGCAGGAAGCUAGACCCUCAACCAGCCAAUAUCAAGACACUUGUAAAAAAAGAGAACCAGUGGUUCGAUGUUGGAAUUGUUAAGGUGACAAACAUGGUGGUCACACACUUCUUCAUCCCAGGGGAUGAUUCUCAAGUAGAGGAUGACUCGGGCGCCAUUCCAGACUAUAACCAGAUGAAGAAAAUGGAGCUGCAGCCUGGCACAGCUUACAAGUUCCGUGUUGCUGGCAUCAAUGCUUGUGGUCGUGGUUCCGUCUCAGAGAUCUCUGCUUUCAAGACCUGUCUACCAGGCUUCCCCGGAGCACCUUGUGCCAUCAAAAUCAGCAAGAGCCCAGAUGGUGCCCACCUCACCUGGGAGCCUCCUUCGGUGACAUCAGGGAAGAUCAUUGAGUAUUCUGUGUACCUGGCCAUCCAAAGCACCCAGACAGCCGAGCCCAAGACCUCCACCCCAGCCCAGCUGGCCUUCAUGCGGGUGUACUGUGGGCCCAACCCCUCCUGUCUGGUGCAGUCCACCAGCCUUUCGAACGCCCACAUAGACUACACCACCAAGCCCGCCAUCAUCUUCCGCAUUGCCGCGCGCAACGAGAAGGGCUAUGGCCCUGCCACACAAGUCCGAUGGCUGCAAGAGUCCAGCAAAGAUGGCGCCUCGGCAAAACCUGCCCCAAAAAGACCAGCAGUGUCCUCACCUGAUGUUAAGGCUGCUGGUCAAAAGAAAGCAAGAACGGACCAGUGAGAUGGCCCAGAUGACCCCCCCCCCGCCCUACUCGUUGUCCUUUUUGAACAGGAAGACUUCAUCCUCAUCCUGGCUUCACCCCAUCUACGAGUUGACCCACAACCAGCCAGCAACAUAAGCAAAAUGGCAGCAGAAACCCUAGAUGAAAAUCAACAAGAGAGAGAGUUCUGUAGGCAAGACAAUUUUUUUUGUAGAGCAACACAAAUUAAAAAAGCACAUUAUAGCUUUUACUUCAUUAGUCUUUUUUGUUUAUUUUCUUUGCUUUCCCCCUAGCUACUUUUAUUAUACAUAUUUUUGGCUAGUUUCAGUAGUUGUAGAGAAACAUUUGCAGCAUCACAAGCUGUGAGCCGGCCUGAGCUUAAUGUUACUUUUAUUUUUGCAUAUUUGGGGGGUGUAGAGAGAGAGACUACAUGAGAUGAUAUACAGUUUGAGCAUGUGCUGAACAGGAGGCAGUUUUGGUUUAGAUGGGAGGAACCAUCAAAAUGGAAAAAUAAAGCACUUGUCCUCAAAAGGGGAAAUGUUUUCCCUCAAGCAGAAAUGUUCUUCAAUUAAGAAACCAAUAUAUACAAACAUCAUACUGGACUCCAGUCUCCUGGUAAUCUCAUCACUGUGCUUUUGCCCCGAGAUGAGGACUGAUGGCUCUGAAGUGGAGAAAGGAUUUAAUGACAAAGGAAGACAUUUGUAGAGGAACAGAGACUUUGCUAAGACUGAGACUUGCAGCAUACACACAACAAAUAUUGCAAAAUCUUCCCKAAAAUUUUGUAAGCGAUGAUGCAGAUCUUUGCGUAGUUUAUUUUUCUAUUUUUUAAGCUUUUCCCUGUGUCUAUCACCAUGCAUUUUUAAAAUGUAAACUACUUUUAUUUGUUUUGUUUAUUAUUGUUCAUCCCCAUAGUUCAAGUGUUUGUGGGAAGAGGGGUGGCAGUGCUGAGGUAGGCACUAUAUUUUAAAAUAUUUGUUUUGAUCAGUUGUAUGUUCUUGUUGUGUCAGAGUGUAUGGAAAAAUUAAGGCUUUUGUAUUUGUGCUGACUAGGACCGCAAAUGUAAUAGGACUGAAGGGUAUUUGAAAUAGACCUGUGGAGAGGAGUGCAUUUUGUUUACUAUGUUUGACACAAUGUUUGUGUUGCUGUGUGUACAGCGACACAAACAUGGACAAUUUAAUGAAGAAAAAUAUUUUCAGUCCCACAUUCCUUCCUUCCCACCCCAAUACACCACCUUUCCAAUUAGUAAUCUGUAUACGCUUUGCUUUUGGGGUCAUUCAUUUGAGUACCCUAAAUUUAUUUUAGACCAAGAAAGAAUAUAUUUGGAGACUUUUGUUCCUUAUACUGUUGCAGAAGAUGUAUGUGAAACCACCAAAUAAAACAUGUAUUACAUUUUUUUAGGCUCUGUAUUUUACCAAUUACAGAAGUGAGAUGUGCAAGUUAUUUCUGAGAAGUUUACCUGUAUGUCUUUAAAUUGGUAUGUCUUGGUGGGAAGGAAGAUGAAUAGCCAGAGUUUGGACUCACUUGUAAAUUAGUUCUUCCAUAGCAAGAAUAAAAUAUAUUUGCCUUUUAUACAAUUACCUGUACCAAAAAGUUUUUACAUGUUUGUCAUCUCUCGAUUGCCUUUUGUGUCAUGACUUAUAUAUAAAAAUAAAAAAAACAUUGUGUGUGUGUGUAUAAGUAUAUAUAUAUAUAGUCUCCCUGAUCAAUUGCUAUGACUUUCUUUGUUAAACAGAUUUGCUCAAAAUCACAUCAAGGUGCAUUACCAGUACCAAAAUAUUUGUACUCAGGAUCAAUCAACCCAUGGAGUUUUAUAGAGAGGGAAGUCUUGGAGUGGUAAUGACUGUAUUCAUUAGUUUGUAAAAUAAAGAUCGUUUUCAGAAUGGAAAUAGCCAGAUUGGGUAAUGAAGCCAUGGGUGAACUUGCUACCUCUUAGGAUUGUAGUACUUGCACCUUGAUUUCAAGUCUCCAGAUUUACUUCUAUAAUGAAAACCCUAUUUCAUAUACAUCCAUGAUUUUGAGCAAAACUAGACAUGCAUGCAACAAAAAAAAACUUGUUUGUUCCUUUCUAUGUGGUAUACAAAUGUGUCUGUUCUUUUCUUCCACAGUACAUCUACAGAGUCACUGAUUUUUACACCCUUGUUAGGUCGGUCAUCAACAGUGCUGAGUUCUCUGGACUUCCUUCCACACUGGGGCAGGUGCUGGUCUUAGCACUGACACUUGUGUAUUUCUUCCGGCUGUUUGCAGGUUAUCUGGAAUUGUCCUGUAUUUUCCAAUGUGUCUUUUUUGUACUGUAGGAAGUAAUGUGGUUUUUAUCAAAAUAAACUUGUUAAACAUUCCAGUCAUUUUGGGAUACCUUGAUACCAAG